AUGGAUCUUCAAAAAAACAAGCAUAAUGAAUUCAUCGAAAAGCCAAAAUGGAUAGAGGACAACAUUUCUAAUAUAAAGGCAUUCACGAAAGAAGAUAUAAAAGGAAUUACCAGUAACUACAGCAAAAGGCUUGGAAAUGGUAAACUCGGAAAAGUUUACAAGGGUAUUCUUGAUGAUAACCAUGCUGUUGUGGUGAAGAAGUAUAUUCAUAUGGAUUCUGAAGAAGAGUUUGCUAAAGAAGUAAUUGUCCAUAGUCAAAUCAACCAUAAGAAUAUAGUCAGGCUUAUCGGCUAUUGUACUGAGAAAAAUAAUCUAAUGAUGGUCAUGGAGUAUAUGUCUAAUGGAGACCUUGAUUACCAUCUUCAUGUCAAGAAUAGCCUCGAUUCAUUGGACAUAAGAUUGAACAUUGCUAUAGAUUGUGCAGAUGCUCUAGGGUAUAUGCAUUCCAUGUGCAGCCCUGUUUUACAUGGUGAUGUCAAGCCCUCCAACAUUCUUCUAGAUGACAGUUUUAAUGCAAAAAUAUCAGAUUUUGGAAUAUCUAGGCUUCUCUCAACAGACAAAACUCAUACUGAAAAUAUGAUUACAUGUUAUAUGGACCCUCUGUAUUACCAGGAGGGGCGUCUCACCUCAAAAAGUGAUGUUUAUAGUUUUGGAAUUGUUCUAAUGGAACUAAUCACCAAGAAAAGGGCUACAUGUCUCACUCAAGCUCUUGCUGAAGGACAAGAGAUGACAGAAUUGCUUGAUCCUAUGAUUGCUAAUGAGAGCAACAUGAAGGUUCUACUGGAGAUUGAAAAACUAGUGCAGGAAUGCCUAGCAGAGGAUAUUGAUAGACGCCCUGAUAUAUGUGAUGUGGCUGCAUACCUUCGGAUGCUUAGGAAGAUGAGUCAACAAGCACCACAAGAAAAUUUUGGUUGGCACUUGUUUGCAGAAACACAAAAUGAUUUUAAAAAGCAAAGCCAUCAAGGUACAAACAUUAUCAGCUCUAUCAAGAUGGUGUUCCCUAGGAUGAUGGGCAUUCUCAACGUGAACAUGGCCAAAUCUGAAAACAAAGGAACUCCGCUCUAUGUUAGUGGCAAAAGAAUAUUCACAGCAUUGGAAAUAAAGAAAAUAACAGGAAACUAUUCAAGAAUUAUCGGUAAAGAUAUGUUUACUGUGGUCUACUCUGGAAUUCUUGAGGAUAACACACAGGUGGCAGUGAAGACACACAACAUGUUUGAACGUGGGAAGUGGAGAUGUGCCAAUGAACUGAAUAGCCUUUCUGAACUUAUCCAUAAGAACAUUAUCAAUCUGUUGGGUUUCUGCUAUGAGAUGGACGCUGUAAUAUUGGUUUAUGAAUUGAUCGAGCGAGGGCACCUCUGCAACAUUCUCCACGGCAAUGAUACUAAAAGAUUCCCUCUCCCACUAGAUUUACGUCUAGACAUUGCUAUUGGGUUGGCAGAAGGAUUGUCAUAUAUGCAUAGUAGAUCAAAACCCAUACUACAUGGAAACAUAAGAACAGUCACUGUACUUCUCGACGACAAAUUUGUCCCAAAGAUAUCGGGUUUUGGGUCAUCAAAGAUUGGUGAAGAUGGUAAAUGCAGGAUUGUGGGGAGCGAGAUGGGCUACAUGGAUGAAACAUUCGUUAAUACCAGAGUUCUCACACGGAAGAGCGAUGUCUAUAGUUUUGGAGUUGUUCUCUUGGAACUGAUUACCAGGAAACGAAUUUAUUAUAAUGGUAAGGACAAUAAUACUGCCAUCAAUUUUGCCAAAGUUUAUGAGAAAGAGGGCAGUGGGAGGGCUAUGUUUGACAAUGAGAUCAGUGCUGACAAAAAUAUCCCUACCCUCGAAGACAUUGGCAUUCUAGCAAUGAAGUGCUUCAAUCCGGACAUAGAUAAGCGCCCUGAAAUGAAAGAAGUAUGCGAACAACUGUUGAUGCUUAAAAGGUCUAGUAAGAAGGGCAAAGGAAAAAUAUAA